GUGUAUACAGGACCUUAUGUCAGGCCUUCAAGCGUAACACAUGUAGAUGAAAUUUGGGGGCAUGUUGUUGUCGGAGGAUUUGUGGCUGUAUCACUUCUUGGGUAUGACAAGACACCAGUUAUAGGCAAAGUCAUCGAAAAAUCUCAGGAUAAGAUAUUAAUAGAAUACUGGAAAGGCUCGUGGAAUAAAAAAUGGCAGCCAUGGAAAGAAAGGGGCCAACUAUGGACUGACGAACUUUUGAAAGACUGUAUAUAUUUAACAGCAUUUGAGUUGCAGGACUCGAAACUUCAUCCCGAAACAAAACGGCAAAUGAGGGAUUUCAUGUCUCGAGAAAGAAAUAAACAAUGA